CAAGAUUAUGAUGGCCAUUCAAAAUUCACUACCUAAGACAUGUCUCAUCAUCAGACAUCACUGCUUGACCACCACUGCCAUGCAAACAAUAGCUGUUGACCUUCAACUUGACAGCCCCUCACCUCUUGUCAACCGUCAAAACGUACACCAUCCAAACCUUCAAUGUUGGACGUCAUUUCAACUCUAACGUCACUCCUCCUCGCCCAAAAACUCUCCCUCUCUGAUUCCCAUGACAUCCUCGCCAUGACCGCCGCCCUCAUCGCCAAUCAGCCCAGUGUAACCCCAAACAACCCGACUUUCCCCUCCUUGCAUAACAUCUGCGACAUUCCCGCCAAAAGCAGAAAGUCCCCAACCCAGAAACACGGUAACCUCCGAGUCAUGUCAUGUCAUCAUCAUCCCAAUGCCCCGCACCUAACCUACCACCUUCAACCUCACCCUUAACAAAAUAAAAACACCGUGCUCUGACGGAUAUCAAAACCGUACAGUGCGCCACCUUAGGUAACCAACACCGGCAGCCAAGCUCACCCUGCCAAUCUUAUCGCGGGGCAGCAACACUGCUACGCAGCAGCACACUAACACCGACUAGUUAGCUUCAUGCAAUGCACCUGGUCGCAUGCCACUGUUGCCCCCCUAGGAACCGGGCCUCGAACGUUUGGGGCAGCUCAAAAGUAAAGAAAGUAACAGAUCAAGGGGUUUUGAUCUUUUCUGUCUUCCUCCUUUCGCAAAACAAUUCCGUUAUCUAGAGAAGCAUCACUAUUUACCUUCUGUCCCGUUGAAGAUCUUUGUUGCUAUAUCCGUCACGCUACUCUUAACAUAACAUCAUCGCAUCCGUCUACUUCACCGCCUUCAUACUUCAUACCUACCUACCAUACCUCUCCAACAACUUCAACAUCUUGAUAGCUCACCCCCCAAAACUCCAUCACAUAUCACAAUGCCCUCCCACACUCCCAUCCGUCAAGCUGCCGCAGCUACCACCACCCCCACUACUUCUUCCCCCGCCAUGAAGCGCGGCGUGAGCCGCAACCCCCGCCUAGCAGCCGCAACCCUAGCCCUAACCCUCACAGCCCUCGCCGUCCAGCAAGUCUCCUCCUCCCGCACCAGGGAGAACGAGUCGGCGCGGAGGAAGGCGGGAGACCUCUACGUGAGCGUGGAUCGGAGUGGUGGCGGCAUCUAAGAGUAACAUACCUAAUUCUCAUCUACUUCAAUUAUCGGUAGAAUGUAUGCAUAACAGGUAGAACAAAACGAAACAAAACAUAAUCAAGCCGCAAUCUGAUCAAAGGAGCCCUCACUCCACCUAGCUUUCUUCUGACAUCGCGCAGACGGGUGGAACAGGAGAUGAUUCAGAGAGAGGACGAUUCUCGUGCUGAGAUUCUGUAUGUUCUUACACUCGAUACCAUCCCAUCCAUCAUCACAACACUGGACAAAAAGAGGACACAACACAACACAAAAAAGCAGAUUAUUGAAUUGUUAUCCAAUUAUGGACAUAUCUAAUGAUACAUAUAAAUACAGUAAAUACAAAGCACCCCAAACCC